AUGUUUGUGCUCCCAAAAGCACAAUCGUCUACGUCAUUUCACGUGACUAUCAAGCCGUACCCGCCAUAUGAUUUUCCUCAAAGCCUUCAAUUUCGGUGCCCAUUAAUUUCAGAGCGACCACCUGUGUUGGGGGUCCCUUCUGAAAAGAUGUCCUCCUCUCACUACACUUCACAACGUCUAUACUUCGACGGAAAAGUCCAGCAGUCAAGCUCCGGCAAGCAUUUCCAGUCCAUUGACCCCUCCAACGCCUCAGUUCUCGCAGAUGUGGAAGUUUCGUCAAAUAGAGACAUUGAUGCGGCCAUCGAUUCAGCCAGGAGGGCUUUCCCUGCCUGGUCCCAGACUCCGCCUGCUGUAAGAACCAGGGUGCUCCUGCGUGCAGCCCAAAUACUCCGCGCUCGAAAUGAUGAGAUCGCCAAGGUCGAAACACAAGAUACGGGCAAACCAUUCUCGGAGACAAGCACGGUAGACGUCGUUACUGGGGCGGAUGUGCUUGAAUAUUUUGCAAACCUGGUUGGCGGAGGAGGGUUGAACGGCGAAACUACCCAGCUACGGGACGAUGCCUGGGUAUAUACGAAGAAAGAAGCCUUGGGUGUCUGUGCUGGAAUUGGCGCGUGGAAUUAUCCUAUUCAAAUCGCUUUAUGGAAAUCCGGCCCCUGUCUCGCUGCAGGGAACACCAUGGUCUAUAAACCCAGCGAAUACACUCCUCUUCAUGGCCUUAUUCUCGCACAAAUAUACACAGAAGCGGGCGUACCCCCUGGCGUCUUCAAUGUCGUCUACGGCGCUGGGGAGGUGGGUGCAUACCUCACCGCUCACCCCACCAUCGCCAAAGUCUCCUUCACGGGCCAAGUGUCGACAGGGAAGAAGGUCGCCGGCUCCGCUGCCGGUGCCAUGAAAUAUGUAACGAUGGAACUGGGCGGGAAAAGCCCGCUGAUAAUCCUUCCAGACGCGGACAUUGAGAACGCCGUUGACGGCUCUAUGAUGGCCAACUUUUUCAGUACGGGCCAGGUAUGCACGAACGGCACCCGCGUCUUCGUUCCCAGAAGCCUCAAAUCGGCCUUCGAAACCAGCUUGCUGGAUAAAAUGAAGUAUGUCCGUGCGGGACCCCUCAUGGACCCCAGCACCAACUUCGGUCCCCUCGUAUCGGCCGUCCAUUUCGAGAAAGUCACCAGCUACAUCCGCCAUGGCAUCGAGCAGGAUAGAGCCAAGCUCCUCUACGGCGGCCUGGAGCAGCCGCGUGUUCCUGAACAUCUGCGGAAGGGCUACUGGGUUGCGCCGACGGUUUUCACAGACUGUACGGACGACAUGAAGAUUGUCCAGGAGGAGAUCUUCGGUCCUGUCAUGUCUAUCCUCACGUACGACACGGUCGAGGAGGCUGUGAGGAGGGCCAACGAAACGCCCUUGGGCCUGGCGGCGGGUGUCUUCACGCCGAAUCUCAAUAUGGCGCAUAAAGUUAUUGCGCAGCUGGAGGCGGGGAUUACGUGGAUCAAUUCGUGGGGAGAAAGCCCGGCGGAGAUGAGUGUUGGAGGCUGGAAGCAUAGCGGUGUCGGAGUUGAAAAUGGGCGGAGAGGGAUUGAGGCAUGGGUGAGAAAUAAGAGCACACUAGUUGACAUGAGUGGCGGGAUUACGACCGCAUUUACGAAAUUGUAA